AUGGAAUGCUCAAUUUUGAAGCUUGUAAUCGAGAAGGGACCAAGAGAAGGUGAAAGCCUAGAGUAUUCAUCUGGAUCCAUCGUCAAAAUUGGUCGAAUAGUGCGUGGCAAUACCAUCGGAAUCAAAGACGCCGGCAUCUCCACCAAACACAUUUCCAUCGAAUUCGAUAAUGAAUCGAGCAAAUGGGAAGUCACUGAUCUCGAUUCUUCCAAUGGUACAAUUUUGAACGGGCAAAUGCUUUUGCCUAACGUUCCUUCCACUCUCGAAGACGGCGACUGUAUCAAGAUCGGUGAGCUGACGUCGAUUAUUGUGAAGAUUGGAGGAGUUCAAUCGACUAUUCGACCUCAAAGGAACCCUAGGAGGAAAGGAAAAUCUGGAGUUGCUGCUGAUGUUGAGAGGGAGCGGAGUGGAGGAAAAUUAGGGCUCGAUGGUGAUUUGGGGGAAAAUGCGGUGGAGGAACCAGUACCAAAGCGGAACCUCCGCCCUAGAGGUAAGAAAACCGUGGAUUCGAAGACUGAGGUGGAAAACUUGAAUGCUAAGAGGACAUUGAGAAGCUCCAAGAAUGAAGAUAAGGCUAGUUCCAUUUCUACACAAAAUCAAAUCUCUGAAGAUACGAGUACAGAUGUAAGAAAAGCAGCAGAUCAAGUCGUCCCUGUAGAACAACGUAAGACACGAGGGAGGAAAAAGCAGUUGCCGGUGCAACAUACCACCGAUGAUCCUGAUUUAGAUAAAGGGAAACCUGCAGAAACUGUUCUUCCAGUAAAUGUCAAAAAGACACGAAGAGGAAGAAAGGGGUUGUUAACUGAACCUGAUCCAUUGGAAGAUUUACAAACUAGUGAAUCUGUUCGAGCUCAUAUGGCAGAGGAGCCAACAUCAACACAAGAAGAUCAUGAGAAAAAUGUAGUAAAAAACAGUGGUUUGGAGGAGAAUUUGGACGCCAACCAUGAGCCUUCUCAAGAUCAUGUUGCAGAGAAAUUGGUGUCAACCCAAGAAAGUUGUGAACAACGGGAACCCUUGGUAGAUCAAAGUUUAUUGAAGGAGACUAGUGUUGAUACUAGUAGGUGGCAAGAUUUGGAGAAGAUGACAUUAGGCGACUUUUUUGAUUACUUGGAGUGGUACUUGCCUAAAGAAAUAAUUGAGAAGACAGAAGAAAUCAUUUCACAAUUGCCAGAAAAAAACAGGAAAUACCAUGAGGCUAGGCUUCAAAGAAAUGAAAAGGAUAAAGGAAAGCAAGCUAUGGACUAA